GCAUGUUGUAAAACAGGUAUGUCUAGUGACGUUUUGGCAGUGUGUUUGCCUAACAGGUACAUUUGGGUAGAUGUUUUGCCUGUCGUAAAUUAGCACAGUUUCUUUUUUAGAAUAUCAACAAUUGCAUUAGUAUAUAAUAGCUCAUAGUAAUUGUUUAAGUUAAGGAAAGCCUGGGUGAGCGAGUUGUAAAUAGAGGAUUAAUUAAAUAUUCCGUUUUUCACAAUUUUCGAGGCAGAAACACCGAGGACACAAGUUGUCCCUCCUGCUUGAGAAAUGCCAGGCUUGGCAGAGAUAUGUAUUGGCAUGCUGUCGCUGCUCCCCCUGGCUUGGGCCAGAGUUGUCUACAGCCACAAUGAAGUGUUCCUGGGACAACAGUCUGCGUCCUCGUACCUGUCUCGCUCGCUGCUCUGGAACAAAUGGGACCUGGAGCUGGUGACGCCAGACAGCCUUGAGAGGGAGUGCAUAGAGGAGGUGUGCACCUACGAGGAGGCCAGGGAGGUGUUUGAGGACACAGACCAAACGAAUGUAUUUUGGAACACAUAUUCCAGCAGUCACAGUUCUUUAGGUACAGCUCCCAGAGUGGAUGUGUCGGGUCUAGUGGCAGGAAUCUUGGCUGUUCUUGGGUCUACUGUCAUAGCCACGGUGCUGGGCUGCUACUGUUACAAGAAACAAGCUGGUAGAACGGCAGGCAGUGCUCCAGUGAGGAUGGUUGUGGAUGGCCAGCCUGCCCCAGAGACAGUGCCUCUGGCUGGGAUCAUCGCUCCAGGUCUGCCCUCCUACGGCGAAGCCCUGACCCGCAGUGGGCAGCAUGACGCGCCCCCGCCACCUUACUCUGGGGGGGCGCCAUCAGCACCUCUUGACCCAUCUGACAAUACUGAGAUUACUGCGAAUACUGAGGACACCCAGUGAAAAGGAGGGAAGGACAUUUUAAAAAGGGGCAUUCAUGAAGAGUGUGUGUGUGUGUGUGUUACAAGCUUCAAUUGGAGUUCUGGACAGUUAUAAGUGAGCACAGCUGUGAACAUUUCAAUUCCUGUGAGUUGUUGAAAUAGACAUGGUAUAUGUCCAUAUAAUAGGAGAGCAUUUCAAUCCCUGUACUGAUUGAAAUUGAGAUGUAAUUGACUCAGUUCUAGUUUUUAGGACUUUUUUUUUAUUCGGGGGAAGAGGGGAGUUCAUAGGGGGGCAAGGCUGAAGGAUGUUAUAGAUAGAGAAAUUAAGGGAAUGGGAUGAAGACUUGUUAAGAGGUUACCCGUGAGAAAGAGAAGCAAUCCCAUGAUUACAAAAUGCAUCAUACGGGGAUGAUUUCUGUAUUUUGAAAGUUACAUAUCUUGACAACUUGAUUGAUGACAAGCAAAACAUUUUGGGACUAUUUCAACAAUGGGCUAAUGGAAUUUCCUUUAAUAUGUAUGAACUAGCAGAUGGUAUAGUAUUUAGGUUAACAUGUUGGCUAAUGUUUGUUUUUGUCUCCGUUGUUUCUAUCUGCAUUGGUACAUGACAGACCGCUCUGAAUUUAAGUCUAUAUUUAUACACAUUUCUUAUUCAAAACAUUUGAAUAAAACGUUUUGCACCUA